GCCAAGUAGGACAUUAGAUGGACUUUAAGCAGCACAUCGUUUCUCAAUUGCACAAAAGACUUCCCAACAGCUGCUGAACCUGAAUGACUGGGUCAACCUGUCUUAAAGCAUUUAAGAGGCAACUGCAGCAAUGAAGGUUCUCUUUAUGCUGCAGCUGGUGUGUUUGGCCAGUUGUAGUACUUCCAGAGGCAGAGAGUGGGCUCAUCAUGGUGCCCCUAUGUUUUCAGACCUAACCGUGCAGGAAAUGAAAGUUAUCAGAACCUACAUGCAUGGUAUUCCAGAAAUGAAGCUCACAGAUGCCCGAAGCAAAACUCUGAGGAGGAACAGUAUCCUACUGAUGGAACUCCACUUACCAAAGAAGCACGAGGCCCUCAAAGCACUGGACCGUGGAUGGGCCAAACCCCCUCGCCAAGCCCGAGUGAUCAUCCAGUUUGGGAACCAGACCAAGCCGAACAUCACCGAGUACAUCGUGGGUCCGCUUCCAUCCCCAAGGUCUCACAAGGUCAGGACAUUCAAGGGAGAGAAAUCAGUUCAAUUUGAGUCCCGACCGAUCACUGUUGUAGAGUAUGACCAUCUUGAAAAUCUCCUAAAGAAAAUUGCAGCUCAAGCUCACAAGCUUCUUUUUGAGACCACAGGAGGCUUUUCCUAUACAAACUGUUCCAAUCGCUGUCUGACAUUUUCAGAUAUCGCUCCCCGUGGGCUUGCUCCAGGUGAAAGAAGGUCGUGGAUCAUGUUGCAGAAGUUUGUAGAAGGUUAUUUCAUUCAUCCAAUUGGAUUUGAAGUGCUUGUCAACCAUCAGGAUCUAGAUCCAGACAAGUGGACUGUUGAGAAAGUCUGGUACAACAGCAUGUAUUUUGAUAGCGUUGAGGAGCUGGUAGAAAAGUAUAAAUCAGGAGAAGUGGAGAAGCUAAAACUGCCUGAUCAUAAUGAUGAAGACCUUUACUCUACUUACAUACCUCGAGGUCACAGUCACACACCAACUAAUAUUCACGGGCCGAAGCUUGUUGAGCCCCAGGGACAUCGCUACUACAUAGAUCGUAACUUUGUUGAAUAUGCUGGAUGGUCCUUUGCCUACAGAGUUCGCUCAUCAGCUGGCCUUCAAGUCUUUGACCUCCGCUAUAAUGGAGAAAGAAUUGCUUAUGAGAUCAGUCUCCAGGAAGCUAUUGCCUUCUAUGCUGGGGAUACUCCUGCUGCCAUGCAAACAAAGUACAUUGAUGCAGGCUGGGCAAUGGGCACUUCAACUUAUGAACUGGCACCUGGAAUUGACUGCCCAGAAAUUGCCACCUUCAUUGACCUUUACCAUUACUUUGACACAGACAAACCUUUGCUCCACAAAAAUGCUCUGUGUAUUUUUGAGAUGACCACUGCCAUGCCCCUAAGGAGGCAUUUUGAUUCUAACUUUCAAGGAGGGUACAACUUCUUUGGAGGUCUGGAGAACACUGUACUGGUGUUGCGGACAACCUCCACAGUUUACAACUAUGAUUACAUCUGGGACUUCCUCUUUUACCCGAAUGGAGUGGUGGAAGUAAAAGUCAGUGCUACUGGAUACAUCCAUGCCACUUUCUUCACACCUAAUGGACUUCAUUAUGGUACAAAAGUGUACGACUAUGUGAUAGGCAACCUGCACACUCACCUCAUCCAUUACAAAGUGGACCUGGAUAUUGCUGGUCGAGAGAACAGCUUUGAAACGAUAGACCUGAAAUAUGUGAACUUCACCAAUCCAUGGAGCCCAAAGGAUUGGAUUGUCCAGUCUAAACUCCACAGGACGGAGCACAAGACAGAGCGUUCAGCUGCAUUCCGUUUUGGCAAAAAGUUCCCUCGCUAUGUCCACUUUUUCAACCCCAAUGAGAAAAAUAAAUGGGGGCACCAGAAGGGUUAUCGUAUUCAGUUUAAUUCACAUGCACACAGUGUCCUUCCCAAAGGCUGGAAAGAGGAAGUUGGCAUCAGCUGGUCAAGAUAUCCUCUGGCUGUGACACGCCACAGAGACGGUGAAGCUACUAGCAGCAGUAUCUUCACUCAGAACGACCCCUGGGAACCAGCAGUGUCCUUUGAGGACUACAUCCGCAACAAUGAAAACAUAGUCAACCAGGACCUGGUCGCCUGGGUGACUGUGGGCUUUCUACAUGUCCCUCAUUCAGAAGACAUCCCCAACACAGCAACACCUGGCAACGCGGUGGGCUUCUUCCUCCGACCAUUCAAUUUCUUCGAUGAAGAUCCUUCGCUGGCAUCCAGAAGCACCAUCAUCGUCCGGCCGGGACAGGACGGCAAACCAGAAGUUCAGAGAUGGACACCUGAGGUCGUAGGUCACUGUGUAACAGACAAGCCAUUCUUUUACAAUGGCACCUACGCAGGAGUUUAAAAGGAUUAAAAUGAUAUACUGCAAACUUUAUUUGUCAAUGUUUGAAAAAAAAAAAUCAGAAUCACAUUAUAAUGCAUUAGAAACCACAAUGUGAAUUUAGUCCAUCCAGUUCAUAAUCUCUGAGAAUGUGACAUCUUUAACAAUUAGAUAUGUUUUUUGGGGUUUUUAUUUUUUAUUUUUUUUGGAGUAAAUAAAGCAAAGAUGCCUCAUGUUAUGUAACAUUUUAGAAAAUAGAUGCUCAGAACACCGCAUGUAGAAUUUCAAAUGAAAAUUUAUUUCUGUUUGUCAUGUCAAUUUAUUUUCUUCACUAUCGUAUUAAACGGUUAAAAAGUGUGCCUUUUGUUUAAGUAUAUGUAUGAAGUCCGACAUGUAGCAGGUGAACAAGUAGAUAUGAAGGUGGUCCUUUGGAAGCUCUGUUUAUCCCACAUCGGGUCUCCAUGGAUGAGAUUUAGCAACAGUGAGCAUCCAGGAUUCAGGAUUCUCUGCAUCCGCCUUGCCUGGUUCCCCCAGCCCCACCGCCAAACCCACCCAGAACUGUUUUCGCUAGAGACACAACAGGGCUUGAGAGGCAAACAGUGAGAUUCCGGAUGCUUCCAAGCAAACACAUCAGGAUACCACCUGGCUGUGCUGUUGCCCCUGGAAACCUGAGUUGCACUGUGCAGAGUAUGACAGGCACAUAUAACAACCAUGUGCCUCAUAUAUGUAUGUAUUCCUCACUCUGCAAUUUAGAGAUAAAUUAAACUGUCCUAAUCUAAAUGUAUGUGAAAUAUUUCAUCUACCUUGUAUGUAAUAAAUAAUGAUCAAAGGCA